AUGGUCAACUCUGCGGGAUGCGACCAUCUGCUUUCAGCGCUCAAGCGGGGCACUCACUCGUUGGACAAGUAUAUCCUUGCCAUUCGCUGGGGCUCCCAGCUGCUGGAUGCCCGUGCAAUCACUUCAAAGGCAACAAGUGUGAGCACUCGCAAGCCACAAUUGAUCGCCUAAGCAGGCCACGUCAGAGUUGCCGAUACUUGCCGUUGAUACUUCCUCUCGGGCUUUCUAGAUCUAUCCCUCGUGCUGCUCAGUCUGCUCCGCAACACCGCCUCGGCCAUGUUUAUGCCUGGACUGCGGAAUGCUUUUAUGUGGGCCAAACGCUCACAGCAGAUCUCAUCUUCUCCAACAUGCAGAGCAGUUUGACCACGCCCAAUGUACGUGGUGUUUGCCCGUCUUCAGCGGGACAUGGUGCGCUCCGAAUGCGAUUGCUCAUCUUCGAUGUUGCUCUCAUUGCGCACGUGCUGGCCACCGUUUUCCGCUCAGUUUGGGAUGUGCGUUCGCGCGCCAUCUACUGUGUUCGUUGCGACGACUAUAUAUUUCAUCCUUCGAUCGAGCGUCUCGUCGCAAGUGAGGCCGCGGCAGUGGGAAAGCUAAGUAAGCACGGAGAGCUGGCAGGCCAAGCCGAACCGUUUCUGCAUUCCGCAAAGGCCUGGCGUUGCUACUUUUGGCUAACACCGCGCAUCGAUAUGUUUUCCAAUGCAAUUUUUUCAGUAAACAGGACUGAAGCCACUGGCCAUGGGGUCAAAGGGGCUCUGAGCCGUGAGCACAAUUUUUACGAAGCGCAGAUCAGCACUCCUGAUCCGAAUACGGCGCUUCCUUUCGCUAGCCCGGGGAAUGCGGAAUCUUGGCCAAACGUGCUAUCUUAGCGUCGUCCUACAAGCGUUCAUCCAUAAUCCGCUCCUGAGAGCCCACUAUCUGUCGGAUCGACACAACCGGAAGCUCUGCGGGGAAUCGGCAAAACAUUCGGUCUGCAUCGCUUGCGAGAUGGAUCGUCUCUUCUCUGACGUAAGCUUUUCCCUCUCUUCUUCGUUCCUUUAAUCCGGACCUGUGCUUAUUGUCACCGCUCAUCCGAUGUGGUGCGUGGCUCAGUAUUGCACAACUUCAGAGUCCCCGUGCGGUCCGACUCAUUUUUUGCAUGCCAUUUGGCAAAGCUCAAGUGAUCUAUCCGGUUACGCCCAGCAAGAUGCACAUGAGUGCCUGAUUUCAGGUACGCCGACGUGCGCGCCCAUGACAACAGCAUCUCGGCAAUGCUGACAACAUGCCUACGGAUCUGUCGCUGCAGCUCUCAACCAGCUACACAUGUCAAGCCCAGAAAGCUCGCCUUCGACCGACUGCAACUGUGUAGUGCAUUCCACGUUCGCUGGCCAAUUACGCUCGCAAGUGACAUGUGGAAGAUGCAGGACAACUACCAGUUCCACAGAACUAUUUCUCGAUUUGAGCCUCGACCUCCAGAUAUCCGGUACCACCGCGAGCUUAAACGAUUGUCUAGAAAGGUGUGUGCCGCUGACUGAACGCUCCCGGGCGGUGUAUUCAGGACUGAGGCGAUAGGUCCUGUUCAAUUGCAGGUUUACCAGAUCCGAGCAGCUGGCUGAGAACGCCUACAAGUGCACGAGAUGUGGCGAUUCGAUGCAUGCUGCGAGUAAGCAGCUGAGCAUCGAUCGGAUGCCCCCUGUGCUUUGCAUCCAACUCAAGGUCGGCGAGCGAGGCAAUUAUCUCAACGAGGCAGCCUCAGUGAAUUUGCUGACGGCAUCUGCCACCUGCACAUUUCAGAGGUUCGAACACACGCACAGCUCGCAAAAACUCGACAAGCCAGUGCGAUACCCGCUGGUGCUAGAUAUGCAAGCAUUCAUGUCGCAGCGGCAGGACACAGCGUUAUCACCAUUGCAUCCUGAGUGAGUGAGAGGCCGAGACUCAAAGUAAUACCAAGCUGCUGCUAAUGCGGAAGCGUCAUAGAAUCGGCGCUUCGGGCCCCAAGAUCUUGUAUCAACUCAACUCGGUUGUCUCUCAUGAAGGAUCGCUUUCAACUGGGCAUUGUUAGCAUGUCAGCUCGGAUCUGCGCAAACUGUCCCUUUGCUUACAAUAACAACAAUUUGACAACAGAUACGGUGUUGUGUCGAGGUGACGAUGAUGUGCGUCGCACAAUCGAUUUUGAUGUCGUAGAAGAAACCGGGAGCUUGGCUGAUUUAUACUGCCUUGACCAAAUUGGCCGCAGUUCUGGAACUUCGACGACGAAAGAAUUCGGCGGGCGCCGCUGAGUGAGGUCUUGAACGUGCCCAGCGCCUAUCUUCUGUUCUACGUUCAAGGCCAUUGA